GCAAGAAUCGUAUGCCGCUCGUGCGUUGCAUCAAACACAAAAAUGCAUAUUUUUAUCGACGAUUUUUUUAAGAAUCGAUUAAAUACCCUGAAUUUUGUGGUAACUUUAUCAGUAUUUCUUAGAAACCGAAUAUGUUUAACACAAGUUUCAAGCUUAUAGCUCUCAGCCUUAUUUUAUCAUCGUCUGGGCAAGUAAAAUCCAACAUUGAAAAUGAUCUAUGUCCACUUAGAACGGAUCAAGUUAUCGAACAUUAUGGAUAUGAAGCAGAAGAGCACCAUGUAACUACAGCAGAUGGUUAUAUUUUAACCAUUUUCCGUUGUAACUCAAAACAAUAUGCGAUGAAAAAGAGAAAACCAUUGAUAAUUCAACAUGGACUUCCGUCUUCGUCUGAUGAUUUUACAACAAAUAUUCCAAGCCAGGCGAUAGCAUACGUCUUAGCCGAUGCCGGCUUUGAUGUUUGGCUACCGAAUUUUCGUGGAACCGUUUAUUCACGAAGACAUGUAUCGAAAAAUCCCGACACUCCGGGUAGUGGUUUUUGGAAUUUUUCAUGGUACGAAUUGGGUAUUUACGAUCAACCAGCGGUUAUUGACUAUAUUCUGAAUCAAACGCACAAUCGCAAACUAUAUUACAUUGGUUACUCGGAAGGAACUACAAGUAUCAUGGUUUUAUUGUCCGAAAAACCGGAAUAUAAUGCGAAAAUUUACGCUGCAAGCCUUAUGGCGCCAGUUGGCUAUACCUCGAGCAUAUUCACAGCAGCUGACUACGUGUCUUUACCGUUUUUUCCGAGAUUGCCUUUGUUUUUGCUAGAAAAAUGGUUGAAUAUAUUAGAAAAUACCGAAAUCCUACCUAGAUCUCUUAGUCAGGUAGCCAGUGUGUUGUGUGCACAACUUCCAGCUCUAUGUAAUGGAGUGUUGAAUUUCCUGUUUGGGGCGAGUGAAAAUCAAAGGAACGCUACAAUGCUGCCGGUUUUAAUGUGCCGUUCGAUAAGCGGAGGAUCGGCUAAUCAAUAUUUGCAUUAUCUGCAAGAGUACAACUAUGGAUAUUUUGGCAAAUAUAAGCGUGGAUUUAAAGUACCUCCUGAUUUUGAUCUGUCUCGAAUCAAUACACCGAUUAGUCUACACUACUCAACUGCUGAUACAUUAGCUACCGCGACGGACGUACAAAAAUUGAUACCCAAGCUACAGAAGAAUAUUGUUCGUAUUCAGGUGAUAAACGAAAAACUUAACCACAUUGACUUUGUCUGGGGAGUGAAUUCGGCUUCUCUCAUUUAUAGUGAAAUUAUCAAAGUUUUUCAAAGAUUCAACUGAAUAAAAUGAC